UAGGCGCCGCCGCGGUGGCCUUCUUCCGGGUUCUGCUUCUUCCUCCUCUUCUCCUGUUUGUGGAGGGUUUCUCAGGGCGCCCCGUUUUGCAGGUUUUUCCUUCAGUGACCUAAAAGUCUAGCUCUUCUGCAGCUUCUCAACUUUACCCUGGUUAAGAAAUCUUUUCUCCAGCGAGGCUCUACCUCCAUGGCCGCCCUCUGACAUUUCCCUUCACACGGGAAGUGUCUGGCUUUACGCUUGUGGACAAAGAAUGCAGAAAAUGAUUAAAACAAAGAGUAACCAAGGAAAAAACAGUGGUAUGGAGAGAGAAUUUGUGUAUACGUUCAGCUCUGGAAAUCAACAUUUUGUGCUUAAAGUUCCACUGAAAUUCCCAGUGCAAGAAAAUGUUAGCCAUUUGCUUGGCCGUCUAAUGCUUCUUCACAACUUGCCUUGCUUCAUAGAAAAUGAUUUAAAGGAAUCUCUUAGUAGAUUAAUUGAGGAGAAAUCAAUACAAGAUUAUGAUACAGAAGCAGAAGUAGCCCUAGAAGCAGUAAAAUCUGGUGAAGUAGAUUUGAACCAGCUAGCAAAUACUUGGGCCAAAACUUACACAGAGGCAGUAUUGGAAUAUACAAGACCUGAAGACUCAAGUUGGGACGAAGAUUUUGCAGAUGUCUAUCAUGAUCUAAUCCACUCUCCUGCUUCUGAAACUCUUUUAAACCUGGAACACAACUAUUUUGUUAGCAUCUCAGAAUUAAUAAGUGAAAGAGAUGUGGAACUCAGAAAACUACGAGAAAGGCAAGGAGCUGAAAUGGAUAAGGUGAUGCAAGAAUUGGGAAAAACAUUAUCAGAUCAUGAUGUAAACAUGUUGGCAGCUCAGCACUUUGAAUCCCAGCAGGUGUUGGAAAACAAAUGGAAUAACGAAUUAAAACAAACCACAGGUAUCCAGAAACAGGAGUAUCAGGAAUGGGUGAUAAAACUUCAUGAGGACCUAAAAAAUCCUAACAUUACAAUUGGUGAGGAAAUAAAUGUUCAACCUAAUCAAUGGAGGGAAGCUAUAGAAGGAAAUGGAGGGCUUUUUGAAGACCAGAGACAGUUGGAAGAAAGUUUCACUAUUCAUUUGGGAGCACAACUAAAAACUAUGCAUAACCUGAGAUUACUGAGGGCAGAUAUGUUGGACUUCUGUAAACACAAACGCAAUCAUCGCAGUGGAGUCAAACUUCACAGGCUUCAGACUGCAUUGUCUCUUUAUUCCACUUCUCUUUGCGGCUUGGUCUUGUUAGUGGACAAUCGCAUCAGCUCGUACAGUGGGAUCAAAAGGGAUUUUGCAACAGUAUCCCAGGAAUGCACCGAUUUCCACUUUCCUGGGAUUCAGGAGCAGCUUGAAGUUGUUCAACAGGUUGUACUUUAUGCUCGAGUACAGCACAGCAGUAAAUCCAAAAGGCUAAAUGAUAUGGGAAACAAAAAUGGUAGCAGUGAGGAUAAAUCAAAGAAUAUGGAGCAAAACUUAUCAAAUAUUUUGCCUGGAGAAUUUUACAUCACCCGUCAUUCGAAUCUCUCUGAAAUUCAUGUAACUUUUCACCUCUGUGUGGAUGAUAAUGUGAGAUCGGGCAAUAUUACUGCCAGAGAUCCUGCAAUCAUGGGCCUCCGGAAUAUCCUCAAAGUGUGUUGCACUCAUGACAUUACUACCAUUAGUAUUCCUCUUUUGCUGGUACAUGACAUGUCCGAGGAGAUGACCAUAUCUUGGUGUCUGAAAAGGGCAGAGCUUGUAUUUAAGUGUGUGAAAGGUUUCAUGAUGGAAAUGGCUUCCUGGGAUGGAGGGAUUUCUCGGACUGUUCAGUUCCUGGUUCCACAGAGUAUUUCGGAAGAAAUGUUUUUCCAGCUGAGUAAUAUGUUGCCACAGAUUUUCCGGGUCUCAUCUACACUCACUCUGACAUCUAAACAUUAAGUCCCCUCAAAUAAUCCAGAAAGGAACUGCUGGAAGAUAACAGAAAUUUAGUUUUAAUACAUGAAACAUCUUCAGGAACAAAAGCUUGAAUGUAUGGCAGAUGUUCCUAACAAAAGCUGGGUCCAAAAAACAAUGGCAACAUCUUUAUAUGAGGAGAAGUGGGUGGUUUCAUGUUUUUUGCUCUCCUGGCAUAAGCCCUCCUAACAUAUUGCAUGCAACUCAAGAUUUGGAAGCAACUUGUUUAAAAAACAUUAGAAAUUGUGAUAUGAAUGGAAGUUUACAUGCCACAAUAUAACUUUAUAUCCUAGCCAAGAAAUAUUUAUAAUGUUUCAGAUUGUUUGUGUUGACACUGAUUUUGUAUGUCAUGAUCAAUAUACUACUGAAUUUUCUUACUUUGUACAUGCAUAGCAACUUACACAGAGAGUUGACAUUUGGUAUAUUUCCAUGCUUUCUGUAGAAAUGGGUACAACUAUUCUCCUCCUCUGGCUCCAACAGAGGGAUUGCUGGUCCAAGCACAUGUUAACUGGAAGUGAUUAAAGACAAGCAUUGCUGUGUGU